AUGCCUAUCCGUGUCCGGAACGUAUUCGGAUUUCCGCCGAAUUGUACCUUUGUUUCCUGUCGGUCCACUCUAGAGAGCGUGCUUCCCAGGAGCACACUGCUUUCUCGGAUCUCCUUUGAGGUCCAGCAGAAGUACAUGCACCACUCAGCGCAGCUCCAACGCUUCUAUACGAACCGGUACCACAAGAAGGAGUGCCCGCGUUGCUCACGGCCGAACAUCGUGCCCGUCCGCAGGUGCGGUUACUGCGAUUUGCUGCUGACCGAUCUGGACAUUCGGCUUGUCGGACGAGAUGUAUUUCGGGAACUUGUGGCCUCGCGUACACCGAAUCACACUCAGGGAAACGGCUCCGUUUCUGUCGUAAGAGACCAGGAACUGCGGAACCACGGUGCGAGCGUGGCGGUUCCUGGACAACAUGCUACUGACAGAGAGGGAGGAGCGAAAGCCUUUUCUGGCCCGAGGACUGUUUCGGCGGAGAUCCACAGGUGUUUCGACUUCUUGGUCAUAGCACAUCCAUACCCGAUUAGUGCUUUACACCUGUCUGCCAUUCCAAAGGGAACUAUGUACGAUAUCAAACAACUUCGGCGAGCACAUAUUCCCUUGCUCAAACAGAUGCAACAGCGUGUCGUGCAGUUAGCACCGGAACUUAUCGAUGAGAUAAGUCAAAUCAAAGGUAGUCCCGCCAAUAGUGUAUGGACCGCAGAUCGUGCAGUCACCGAGAGUGCUGCUGCUGUGCAACUUGCCGGCGAGGGAACUGCCCCACUGAGCACGGGAGAAAAUACGACUUUAUCAAAGACGUCUGGUUCGAUUUCCCCCCCUGGAGACGUGCGAAUCCAGAAAGGGUGCAAGUUGGCAAAGUCACAGGCCAAGAAGCUUAUGGAACAGUCAAUCAUUUUCGGUUUUACCUACCCCUGCGGAUUCCUCCAGUUGAACAUGCAUGCAAUAGUACCGCCGAUAAAAAACUUCAAUAUUUUAGAGGCGCCUUACUUUUACCCGCUGAAAAAGGUUUUGCAAGAUCUGCAGAACUUCGGAGCGGUUCAACCUUUCGAGCAACAUGGUGGUUCACGCAGGUUUGGCUCCGACGCCAUUCUAAAAGAGAUCAAAGAGGUCGACGCUGCCGUGAGACACGCACUACAGUACGGUGCUCUCAACGAUCAACACCAUCUUUGA